AUGCUAUUUGUUCUAAUAUUGGAAGAUAUUCUCCUACGGGGUGGUAAUGCUGUUGAAGCAGCAAUUGCAACAGCUUUUUGUAUUGGAAUACAAGAUCCACAUUCUGCUGGUUUGGGAGGAGGACAUUUAAUGACUAUUUAUAAUGCUACAACAAAGAAAUGCCAUGUUGUCGAUGCUAGAGAAGUAGCUCCUUUAAAUUCAACUGAAGAUAUGUUUUUUGAUAGAAAGAAUGCUUCUAGAUAUGGGUAUGAAGCUGUUGCCGUGCCGGGCGAAUUACAUGGAUUUUGGACUGAAUAUAAAAAUUUUGGGGGAAAUUUAGAAUGGAAAACACUUGUUGAACCAUCAAUUCAAUUAUUGGAAGAAGGUUCUCCAACUUCUCAUGUUCUUGCUCGACAAUUACAAAAUCAUAAACAACGAAUUCUUUCAAAUAAAUUAUUAUCUUCUAUAUUUACAAAUCCAAAAACUGGACAUUUAUUUGCUGCUGGAGAACAGAUUAAUACAAGAAAUAAAUUGGCAGACACAUUGAGGAUAUUAGCUAAUUCCUCCAAUCCUUUAGAAAUUUUUUAUAAAGGAGAAAUUGCAAGGAGUAUUUCAAAAGAAUUCGAAAAAAAUAAUGGAAGAUUAAUAUUUGAAGAUUUUAACAAUUACAAAUCAAUUAUUCGAUCAGAUAAAGAUAUUAUUUAUACUAAACUUCCUAAUGGAAGAACAAUUUGUGGACCACCUCCACCAUCUGGAUCAGCAGUAACUCAAGGAAUUAUAAAUAUUUUAUCUAGAAUGGAAUUUAAUUUAACUACAAUAUCUGGCUCUGUCGAUUAUUUUCAUUCGUUUAUAGAAGCUUCUAAAUUUGCAUAUUCAAUUCGAGAUUCGUUAGGUGAUAUUGACUUUGUACCCAAUUCUCUUAAUUUAUCACAUUUAUUAACUAGCCAAGAAUGGGCUGAGAAUAUUCGAACACAUCCAGACAGUUAUUAUCAAGAAGGAAAUGCUCAUCAAGCAUUACCAGAAGAUCACGGUACUUCACAAAUAAGUGUUAUUGACCGUUGGGGAAAUGCAGUUUCUAUAACUACAACAUUAAAUAUAGCAUUUGGUUCUUUUGUUUUAAGUGAAUCAACUGGAAUAAUAUUUAAUGACCAAAUGGAUGAUUUUUCGACUAAAGGAAUGCCAAAUUGUAAAAUGAAAAUUUUUAAUAAAAAUAUUUUAAUUAAAGAUUGGGGUUAUCUACCCUCUCCCCAAAAUUAUAUUGAGCCGGGAAAGAGGCCAAUGAGUUCGAUGAGUCCAAUUAUUGUUUUUAAAGAAAAUGGAAAAGAAGCAUUAGCUAUAGGAGCUUCUGGAGGUUCAACAAUAAUUUCUGGAGUAGCUUUAACUACUUUUAAUAUUCUUAAAGUUGGAAUGAAUAUUAAAGAGGCUAUUGACUUUCCUCGAUUGCAUAAUCAAUUUAGACCAAACUUUACCAUGUUUGAAGAAAGAAUACCCGAGAAAUUGAAAGAAGGAUUGAAAGAACGUGGACAUUAUUUUGAUAAUUUAGAUUGGCUUAAUGUUGUGGUGGGCGUGCAUCAAGCUGAAGAUGGAAUUAUCUACGCUAAUAGCGAUUGGAGAAAGGGCUGGGAAAGUCAACCAGCUGGUUAUUGA